CACACACUCCCCAACUGCCCCCCUUGAUCAAACACUCCGCCAGUUGAGAGAGAGAGAGAGAGAGAGAUGUGUGAGAGUUUGAAGAGAGAAUACAAAUUGUGCGAGGAGAUCGGGCGGGGGAGAUUCGGGGUGGUGUACCGGUGCUUCUCCGCCGUCUCCGGCGACUCAUUCGCCUGCAAAUCCAUCGACAAGCGCCUACUCACCGACGCCGUCGACCGGGAGUGUGUCGAAAAAGAGCCCAAAAUCCUCCAACUACUCUCCGACCAUCCCAACAUCCUCCAACUCUACCAGGUAUUCGACGACGAAAACUACCUCCACAUAAUCACAGACCUCUGCUCCUCCGCCGACCUCUUCCACCGCCUCAACACCUCUGCCCCCCUCCCUGAACCCUCCGCUGCCUCCAUUCUCCACUCCCUAAUCUCCGCCAUCGCCUACUGCCAUCGCCUAGGCAUCUCCCACAGGGACAUCAAGCCGGACAACAUCCUCUUCGACUCUCAUAACGAAUUGAAACUAGCUGAUUUCGGGUCCGCAGAUAUGUUCAGAGAGGGGGCGGCACCGAUGAGUGGGGUGGUGGGGACGCCAUACUACGUGGCACCGGAGGUGUUGUCGGGUGGGGAUUAUAACGAGAAGGUGGACGUGUGGAGUGCUGGGGUGGUUUUGUAUGUGAUGUUGUCUGGGUUUGUCCCGUUUUGCGGGGAGACAGCAGAGGAGACUUUUGAGGCGGUAGUGAGGGGGAAUCUGAGGUUUCCGACGAGGGUUUUCCGGGCGGUGUCGAAUGAAGCGAAGGAUUUGCUGAGGAAGAUGAUUUGUAAGGAUGCUUCCAGAAGGCUCUCUGCUGAACAGGUUCUCAGGCAUCCAUGGAUCAUCAAUGGAGGAGAGACCAGAUCGAUGACUGAUAUGACCUGAAAAUUAGCAUCAGAAGAAUUGGGCUUCGAUGUACAUAGAGCACCCAUGGAUGCUUGAAUGGUUGGUCACAAGAACCAGUUUUCUUUCUUGCAGAUUUUCAGAGAGAGAAAGAAAGAGGAGGCAGAGUCCAGUGGAUCUCUCCACCCUUCAAAGAACGAGGUUUUACCUGUUUGUGAUGGUUUGGGAAUCUUUAGCUACCCAAUUAAAAAAACCAAAAAAAACAAAUCUUGAUGCAAUAUAUGUAAUGUACAUAUGAGAAAUGGUGAAUAAAGGUGCCAAUGCAAAGGAGAGAAUGAGAAUCAAAUCCUUAUCUUUGUAGUAA